AUGAGCUCCGCAAUCUGGUACUUCGGGUACGGCUCCAACAUGAAGUCAUCAGUCAUGACCAGUCGUGGGAUUCACCCGCUGGACACCAGAAUUGCAAGAAUCUCCCAUUUUGUUCUCACCUUUGAUGUUUUCGGCUUGCCAUACAGCGAGCCGUCCAUGGCGAGCAUCGCGCCCUAUGUCAAAACAGAUGCGAACUCACAGAUACCAGAGGUCUGCGGAGUGGCUUAUCUCCUCUCAACUGCAGAUUUCAAGCGUUUGGUUGCUUYUGAGGGAGGUGGCGUUGCCUACGACGAGAUCGAAAUUGAAGCCGAAUGCUGGCAUGCGGGAUCCAGGGAGCAAAUUGAGCACAUUCGAUUACGCACGCUUGUGGCCAAAUUUCCUCGGAGACCCAAUCCCUGCCCAAGCAAAAGAUACCUAACGUUGUUGAGAGAAGGCGCACAAGAAAAUGGGCUUCCGGAGACAUAUGUCUUUUAUCUGAAUCAGCUCAGUUUCUUUGAGCCAGCCAAGGGAGCCUGGUAUAGAUUGGGAUCUUCCAUCUUCUUGUGGUUCGGGCGAAAGACUGUCCGUCAGCUCGCGAAGAGCGUCAAGGGCUCUUUGAACGAUAAAGGCCAAUGCUCGCCGUAUUGGUCAAAGGUGAUUGUGGUUGUAUAUACCACAAUGUGGUCGUGGCAUCGAUGGAUACACGCACCACUUUUUGGCCGUGGUGAUGGAGGUGGGAUUGAAUAUCGUGGGAUCAGACUCCUUUGA